AUUGGUGUAAUAUCCAGAAGCAGAUUCGAGAAAGAUCUAUAUAGAUUUUCGUCCAUGUCAGUCAUUGUCUUGUAGAAUCUUCUUCCUUACACAUACGCCGGAGAAGAAGAAGAAGAAGAAGAGGAAGAAGAAGAAGAAGAAAAUUUCCACAUUUCUUUGUCCACAGAAUUGAGAAUCCUCCUUUCAUCAAUGUCGCCCAAAGUUCCACCUGCUUCACUGCACGCUCUCGACACCUGUACAUUCCAACUGCACAAUUGGAGGCCCUUUCAGAUUCACACUCGACCCCCAGACUCCGAUCCACCUAAGCUCUACUCCAUUCACACCAAUGGCUUCCUUAACAAGCGCCCUUGUCGUGCGGAUCGGGCUACGUCGUUUCCGUUCGACGCCAUCGACUUCUCCAAGCUCAGCUUGUUCGACGACGACCGCCCUCUAUCUGCCCAUAAGCGCGGCGGGCUCCGCUGGCGCGCUCGGAAGCGCCGCCGCCGCGGCGGGUCGCGAUCGGGCAGCGAUCGAAGUGGGACCCGACGGCGGUGUUGUUCCGUCGGGGCGUCGGCGGCCAAUGGGACCUGCUCUGAUUUCCUUGUCGCGGCGGGGACGGACUCGAGUGGGGAGUUGUUUGUGAUUGGGGAUACGAAUUGGGCGUCGGAUGUUAGCGAAGCAGUCAGGAAUUCGAGGCAAGAGAGGGAACAUGGGAGCGCAGAUAAGGAGAAUUUGAGCUUCGCCUUGCAAAAUGGAAACUUUGACAGUCUGGGGUUUGAAUCGGGCUAUGGAAGUGAACCGGGUUAUCGAGGCGAUGCCGAGUUAGGAUACGGUGAUGAGUUCGAUGAAGAAGAGGAUGAUCAGCGGAUCUUAUUCUGGUGCCAUGAAUUUGGAGGUAUGUAUUGUUGUCAUCUACAAGAGGAGUUUGACAGGGAGAAGCCUCUUUCUUUAACCUUUUCUUUCUGUGUGAGUAUUUCAGAGUACUUUGAGAUUUUGAGUCUUAAUACUUUGCAGAGUGGCUCUGAUUACAGGGGCUUUGCUUCAACAAGUCAUGUAAGUAACUGGCUGCCACAUUCUAAUCUUUGUUGUUGUAUAGAUAAUAUAGCAUGAUAUGUACAUUUGGUGUUGCCAAAAGUGAGUGAGGGAUGUUGUACAUGCUUUUCUUUAUAAAAAAACAUCUUUUCUUGCCUGCCGCCAAUAGAACAGCAUCAUCUAGGUGAUUCAA